AUGUACGCGUACAGAUACAUAAUUACAUUUUACAUUGGUUAUGUUGUUCAUAAUGUGGUCGGAGAACUUGACGGCACAGAAAAUCGCUUUAGCAAUUUAAUAAGAAGAUCUCUAGUGGCAACAGCACAUUCAUGCAUGAACCACGUUAAUGCCACUGUACACGACUUGGAGAAGCUACGCGAAGACCCGCCUUACCCGGAGACAUCGGCGUGCAUCAUCAAGUGUCUUUUAGAGAAGAUUGGCGUAGUGAAGAGCAACAAAUACUCCAAGAUUGGUUUCAUGACCGCCGUGACGCCCCUAGUCUUCACAAACAAAAAGAAAUUGGAACACAUGAAAGCAGUGUCGGAAAAUUGCGACAGAGAGGUAAAUCACAAGCACGAAACCCCUUGCCAACUCGGCAACGAAAUAACGACAUGCAUUUUUAAUUAUGCACCAGAAUUGCAUUUAAAAGCAUAA